AUGUCCGAGCCUGAACCUUUGGUGGUUAGUGGUGACUUGUUUGGCAAGGUAUUCCAGUUCCCACUCGAAGCGUUGGUGGGUCGCCUCUCCACUUGUAUCCAAAAGAGCCACGACGACUUCUGCAGUCGCAUCAUCGACUACCUCUACGACGAGUGGAGCGGCAAGGCUGCCGAAGACAUGACCAAUGUCAAUGAACAGCAAGCGUUUUGGGUGGAAAACGUCCUUCUCAAGGAGGAAAUGGUCAUGGUGUCGUCGGAGAUCUUUCACCAGCUUGAGCGACAAUUUGGAGACGAAUUGCAUGGCUUCAGCAUUUCCAUCGCCAGACAUUACGAGGGCCAUGUCAACUUGCUUACGAGCGAUGAAUUCACGGCGGCAUUGAACUUGCCACAGCCCCGCCCUCGACAGAACACUCUGGACACCCAAUGGAAGGUCCUCUUUGCCGUGAGAAAGUGCCGCAACGCCAACUUGAACGCGUUAAUGAAAUCAGGCAUUCUUUUCAGCCAGACCUCCCAAGACCUCACCAUCGAUCGCGGGAUGUGGCAAGUAAUCAAUGCCAGUACGUCGGACUUUUACCGUAAAAUUGAGACGGCGUUGAAUGAUGCCGAGAGUACUGUCGUUGCUCAAAUCAAUGCAACGUGGGAGGACGAUAGUAUUCUGGCGCACAUGGACCGUUUAAACAUUACUCAAGGUUGA